AUUAAUAACCAAAAUAUUACAAAUUGACCGAUGACAACUAUAAGAAUGCGAGCCAUAUAUAAGACCAUGAGGAAAAUAAUCAACCUAAUAAUUGAAUCAAAGAUCUUUUCAUCUCCGACCACCAACAAAAUGGUGUUAGUGACAUCAGGAAAUGAGGUACCAACCAUGAGCCAAUCAAAGACGGUAUGUGUGAUAGGAGCAGGACCCUCAGGCUUAGUGUCGGCGAGAGAGCUAAAGAAAGAAGGGCAUAAGGUGGUGGUGAUGGAGCAAAACGAAGACGUAGGAGGUCAAUGGCUAUACCAACCAAACGUGGAAGAAGAAGAUCCAUUGGGAAAAUUCAAAACGCAAAAAGUACAUAGCAGUGUUUACUCAUCCUUGAGGUUGACUACUCCGAGAGAGAUAAUGGGUUUCUCUGAUUUCCCAUUCACGGCGAAGGAAGGAAGGGACACGAGAAGAUUCCCAGGGCAUGAGGAGCUUUGGUUGUAUCUUAAGGAUUUUUGUCAAGUGUUUGGGUUGAGAGAGAUGAUUAGGUUUAAUGUUAGGGUUGACUUUGUGGGGAUGGUGAAUGAUGAUAAUGAUGAUGAUGAUAGUACGAAGAGGUGGAUGGUGAAGAGUGUAGAAAAGAAGACUGGUGAGGUUAUUGAAGAAUUGUUUGAUGCUGUUGUUGUUGCCACUGGCCAUUACGCUUAUCCUAGAUUGCCUUCCAUUAAAGGAAUGGAUUAUUGGAAGAGGAAGCAACUUCAUAGCCAUGUGUACAGGGUGCCUGAUCCUUUUCGUGAUGAGGUGGUGGUGGUAGUUGGGUGCUCAACGAGUGGGCAAGACAUAUCAAUAGAGCUUACGGGAGUGGCAAAGGAAGUUCAUCUAAGUGCCAAACCACUUGACAUUCCUCGUGGCUUGUCUAAAGUAAUUUCAAAUCAUAAAAACCUCCAUCUUUGUCCCCAGAUUGAAUCUCUAGAGGAAGAGGGACGGGUCAAUUUCGUUGAUGGGUCUUGUGUUGUAGCCGACACCAUUCUUUACUGUACCGGGUAUUGGUACAAAUUCCCAUUUCUUGAGAGUAAAAGAAGAGUAGAAGUUGACGAUAAUAGAGUGGGCCCACUCUUCGAACACACGUUCUCUCCUUUUCUCUCUCCUUCUCUCUCCUUUGUCGGCAUCCCUCGAAAGCUGAUAGGGUUCCCAUUCUUUGAAUCACAAGCGAAAUGGAUCGCAAAGCUUUUGUCAGGCAAAACUUCACUUCCUCCCUCCGAUCAAAUGAUGCAAUCAAUCUCCGAUUUCUACCGAUCCAGAGAAGCCGACGGAAUCCCCAAACGCAACACUCACGACAUCGCCGAUUUCAACUAUAGCGAUAAAUACGCAGACUACAUCGGAUUUCCACAUCUGGAGGGAUGGAGAAAGGAGCUGUGUUUGUCGGCUAUACUGAAUUCCCUGGAGAACCUGGAGACCUAUCGCGAUUCUUGGGACGACGAUGAUCUCCUUCAAGAAACACUUCGAAACCCUUAUUUCACCCAACUCUCUACUCCUUAAAAGCUUUUGUACGAAUAAAUAAACUCAAAAAAAAUCUCAUCUUUCUAUAUAUAUAUCAUCCAUGCACAAAGCUAGACACAAAAAUUCCACUGAUUUAGACUAUUUAGUGAUUUUUUUUUUUUAAUAUUUACUAUGUAUGGUGUGUGAUCUCUGUUACGUGUCUCUGUAGACAAAAGAAAGCUAUUGAAGUUUUGGAGUCCUGAUGCCUCUUCUUCGCUUCGUUAUUGUUCCCCAAUCGAUUACCAUAUUUCCCAUCAAGCUGCAGUAGUAACUCGAGCGAGCAUCAUUCGCUUCAGAAGCUUCGAUUAGCCUCUCUGACUUGUUUAGACCCUGAGAGGCAUCGUUUCCUGUAUAAGUGCUUAGGCUCGAGAGGAUCUCGUUGUGGUGAUCUUCUUGUUGUUGUUGCCGCUUUCCCUGCCUGCGAGUGGUCCUCUUGCAUUUAGCGGGAACAAUGUUUGAGAAGGAUUUGUUUGUUCUCUGCUCCUUUGGCUUCAUCACCUCUGUUAAUGCCAUUGCCGAAGAUGCGAUGUUAGCAAACCAACGCAGAGUGAUACAGUCAGAGGUUUCAAUGAUAGACUCUCUAGCUGAACCUGAUAAUGACAUAUCAAGUAUGGCCUCUGCUGCUGCUGACAUUUCUUGUUCCUCUGUAACAAGAAAGUUCACUCUAGCCUUUGGUUUGGUUCUUGCAGUCUUUCUCGUAACCUUGCCUGAUUGUAUCUCUAUGUGUGGUUUAUGAAGCCUUCUUUUUCUUGGACUGGUCCAAUUACUCAGUGAAGGGUUAUCAUCCUCAUUAACACAAAAGUUCGCGUCAAGAUUUGAGCCUUUCAGGGAUUUGCUUCGGGGGAAAGUUUUCACAGUGGUGAAUUUCGCUUUCUUUCUAGGACAUGAGGAACGUUUUUGGAAGAGUGAGAUGUGUUUCGAACAUGGCAGCGCUUGAACCAUACCUCGUGAUGGCUCUGAUCCGUUUUUUCCAUGCAAUGAAGCUGAAAUCAAUUCUCGGGGUUGCUCAGAUUCUGCCAUCUUGACUUGUUCAGAUGAUAAGGGAGAUGUAUUCAGGUCAGUUCCAUUCUCUGCACAAAACAAGUGACUGAUCAAUUCUCAAUGAUCAUUGCUAGCUUUCAUUAUAUCAAGAAAAUGAUAUGUACCAAUCUUGGACCUCAAUAAACCAGCUAAAUGCUGCACAUGUUCUGGCUGGACAACAGAGUGAUCUUUAGCAAAGUUGAGAACUUGAUGGACUUCUCCAUCUUUUGAACCUUCUUCUUCUUCUUCUUCCACGAUAUCAAGAUAACCGUGAGACGGCAUUUCAAGAUUCAAGACCUUCUCCACAGACUUAUCACUCUCAUCUUCAACCUUGGCAGAUGCGUCUUGUGGUGGCAAAACGCUAGCUUAAGAUGUGGAGAUGCUUAAACUCAUCCAGUGAAUGCUUGCUCUAGGACUAGAGGCCCCGGUAUUAGGUAACAGAUGUCGAGGCCCCUCCAUUUUCAUCAUCAGCUCUUUCUGCCUUUGAUAAAGACGAUGAAGCUCGUGGAUCUGAACUGACAUGUAUCAUCAGAGAACAAUGAAACACUCAAAUGAAUCAUCUUUUUAAGAUACACUCAUAAGUAGAGAUUUGAUAGCGUGUUGCAAAGUGAUUC